AAUUGACCCAUUAGCCUUAAACUACGUCGAUUACGACGUGGCUGCCAUUUUUAUAACUUGUGUUUGAAGCACGAGGCCGAGUUUGUAGGCGAGGCUGAGAGAUAAAAAGCUUUGACCGAAAAAAGUUCCCAAACCUCGCAGCUCUCACAUAACCCACCAAGGAAUACCAGAGUCGAUAUUCCAAUCUACCACUCAAGCUAGAAAGGAUGGAUAUCUUCAAGAUCCUUUCGCGGUCUACCAAGCAGACCCGAAAGCCGAUUGGCAGGACCCAGUCCCCGACUUUGCCGUCCGCAGGCACCGCGAGCAACCCGCAACUCUACAAUGACCCGGUCCCGCAAAACAAGAAGCGCAAGUUUAGUGACAGGAAAGAAGAGGCUGUCCUGAGCGAUGUGGACGAUGAAGAAAUAAACUUCUUCGCGCAGGCGCCGAAAACCGAGCGCAAACAGACGAUCAAAAGAGAGAAGAGGAAGAAGGCCGCCCAGAUUUUGGCAGAGGCUGCGCUGAGCGACAAGACCGAGACGAUCGAACCGACGCUACUCGACGAGGACGAAUGCAAAGCGACGCUGCGCUCCCACAGAAUAAAAAUCACACUGCUCUCCAAGCCGGAGCCGGUGGUGAAGCGCAAGAAGUCCAAGAAGCGCAAGGAGAAGGAGCCGCCAAAGAAGGCGAAGGAUGAACAUAAGCAGAUAUACCCGCAGCCUCUGACGGCGUUCGAGGACCUGAAAAUGAACUUUGGUAUCUCUAAACGGCUGGGGGAGAAUCUGAAGCGCGAGGGGUACAAGAUUCCUACGGAGGUACAGAUGGGCAGUCUACCUCUGCUGUUGAAACCUGAGUUUGCGCUCUCCAACUCAGAGGAGGGGAAGGAGGCGGUGGCUGAGGGGUCUGAGGUAGAUCUGUUGACUGUUGCUCCUACGGGCAGUGGGAAGACUCUCGCUUUCUUGAUCCCAGUGGUCAACAGCAUGAUACAAAGGCGGCGGAAGGAGGCAGAGUUAUCGCACAGGCUGGAGGCUAUUAUUGUUGCGCCUACGAAAGAGCUGGCAAGCCAGAUUGUUAACGAGGGAAGAAAGUUGGCCAUCGGGACUGGCAUUAAAGUCGUCGGAAUGGUGAAGGGCAUGCGAGUAGUUGGAGACAGUGACCAAGUUGUCACCGCGCCGAAAGAGGAUGCCAGCGAGAGUGAAAGCGAGAACGAGAGCGAUGAAGAUGACGAGGCUGAUGCCGCAAAACGAGACGCCAAAGCAGCAAAACGAGCAGCUCAGCCUGUUGCUAAAGCUGAUAUACUCGUCACCACUCCUCUCAUACUCCUCCACGCACUCACGAAGCCCGGCUCAAAGGAUAGGCUGCCUCUAGAAACCGUGUGCCAUCUCAUCCUCGACGAAGCGGAUGUCCUCCUGGAUCCACUGUUCCGUGACCAAACACUCGGAAUCUGGGAAUCCUGCGUCUCCCCUCUCCUGCACGUAUCUCUCUGGUCUGCCACCAUGGGAUCCUCUAUCGAAACCCUCGCCGUCUCUACAAUCUCCUCCCGCCGUGAGCGACUCUCACUCCCCGCACAACCCCUCGUCCGCCUCGUCAUUGGCCUCAAAGACUCCGCAAUCCCCAACAUAACACAUCACUUAAUCUACGCUGCCACCGAACCCGGCAAACUCAUCGGCCUUCGCCAACUCCUACACCCCACCUCCCCCUGCCUCGCCUCGCCCUCCGACCCCAAACUCCGCCCCCCCUUCCUUGUCUUCACCCAGACCAUUCCCCGCGCCAUCGCCCUGCACUCUGAGCUGCUCUACGACAUCCCCGCCGAAGCAGGCGGCAGCUCGCGCCUCGCGGUGCUGCACUCUGACCUCUCCGACUCUGCGCGCAGCGCGAUCAUGUCGCGCUUCCGCAACGGCGAGAUCUGGAUCCUGAUCACGACGGACAUUCUGAGCCGAGGCGUGGAUUUCCGCGGCAUCAACGGCGUCGUUAACUACGAUGUUCCGAGCUCAGGGGCUAGUUAUAUUCACAGGGUUGGAAGGACAGGGCGCGCGGGCCGCGAUGGAGGGGUUGCGGUUACGUUUUAUACGAAGGAGGAUAUUCCGUUUGUGAAGCCGAUUGCGAAUAUUAUCGCAGCGAGCGAGAAGGCUGCAGGGAAGAAGGAAGGGGAGGGUGUGCAGAAGUGGCUGCUAGAUGCGCUUCCAAGCGUGAGUAAGAAGGAUAAGAAAGAUUUGAAGAUGCGGGGAGUGGAAGUCAGAAGGGCGGGGCUGGAAAAGGAGGGCGGGAAGGGAGGGAAGGCGAAGAUUAGUACCAAGAGUGGGUAUGAGAGGAAGGUUGAGAAUAGGAAGAAGGGGGCCGUGAUGGGCAGCCGAAGGAGGGCAGAGUUGGAGGAGAAGGGCAGUGAUGCUGGUGCUGGGAGUGAUGGUGGGAGUGACUUUGGCGGGUUUGAUGACUAGAUCCAACAUGGAUAGAAUUUCCUCCGUUCAAAAUGACCUCUAUGCC